AUGUCCUUAUAUUCCAAACUUGGACCCCAAGGAAGAGCUCUUAUGAAUCAGGGCUCUCUUGUUGAAUCUGGAGAAGGUCCACAAGAAUUAGAUUUCCUCAUUGACAAUCUUAGAAAUCCUCGAAAGGAUGUGAAUUUGAAUUCAAUCUUAGGCUAUAUCUACCAUUAUUUACCCAAAAUCAAACUUGAACAUAAUCUACAACUAGUAGUGGCCAGUUUUUUGAACAAUCCAAUUAGUUUCCAACCUGGUGGAUUGGAUUUCGAACAAAAUUAUACAAUCAUCGAAGCAUUUAAAGCUAUCACUGAUAAGAAGUUAACUAUAUCCCAACCAACAUUGACAAUAAAAAACUGGUAUACUGUUAUUCUUCAAGAACUUAAGAAUUUUGUGCAUUUUGAUAUCAUCCAUAAUAGUUGGAAGGUGUUACCGAUUAUUUCAGGAAUCCAAUUAUCCAAUGGUUUGAGAGACGAUUUAUAUACUAACCAGAAUAUCUUAGAGUACAGGUGGUUUUUCCAGGAUUGGGAUGCUCAAAUAAGUAAGUUGUACAAACAGUGUUUGAACUAUUCCUUAACCAACUACAAUCCCGACAAUAUCAUCAAUUUGACUUUACUUAGUUAUUCUAUCACAUUCAAAAAGGAUAAAGAAUCAGUCAAAGAGUAUACCGGUAAAUUGUCCAAUGCUUUCAUUAUCAACAAGUUGAUCCAAUUGUUGUUUUCCAAUCAUGCACAAGGGUGUCAAGUGUAUGAAAGCUUCUUGGAAGGUGUGAACGUUGAAGUUACUCAAAAGCCGGUAAUCAAACAUUUGAAUCGUUUAUGCUUCUUAUUAGAGAAUUAUUUCACCAUCUUACCACUCAACAAUGAAUCCUUCCAAUUGGUGAUGGACAAUGUAAUGAAAAUAAAACAAUUCAAUCAAGCAUUAUCAGAAGGGAGUCAAAAUUCCGUCUUCAAUCACAAAUCAAGCUUAACCAACAAUUCCCCUGAGCACCAAAAUUUCUGGUUCUUGAUGAAAUCCAUAUUCUUUGGGGAAUGUAUAGUAUUCCAAGGAGUUUUAACCCGAUUUUUAUUGAGUAAUAAAGGGUUCAGUUUCUUCAGAUCUUAUAAUAUUCAAAGGGAUUACAGGCAAAUCUCCUUCAAGAUCUUGGAAUGUUUAUAUUAUUUGAACCAUGUUCUUCUUUCCAUUGGUCAAGGAGGUUUUGAUUCAUACAACUUCAUUUAUUAUUUAAGUCUUGAAAUCAUUCUUUCAAACAAGCACCUGACAAAUGAACUUGAAAAAGUCUCUAUGUGGUUUUUCGGAUACCCUAACGUCAAUUUAUAUCAUGAAGCAUUAAAUAUCAACUAUAUCAACAGAAGCAGAGUUUUGUUUGUAUUUGGGUUAUGGGAAAAUUACUUACAAACCAAUAAGGAUAGUCCUUUUGCUAAAGAAAUCUUCCGUUUAUGUCUUGAUAUUAUCAAUAAUGAAGCUAUAAGAGAUUAUGACUUGAUAGAAGCUUGUCAUUCUGUGGUCUUAUUAUGUUUCUCGGAUAAUAUCGAUAUUAAACAAGGAAUGCAAUAUGUUGACCUUUUAACCCAUCAAUUCCCCCAUCUUUUAUCCCCCCAUCAACUCAGUAUUGCCGUUGAAUCUAUCGGUAAGGUUAUAUUAUCAAAACCCGUCAUAUAUAAUGAAUCAGUCCAUGCUAAUUCUUCAGAAGAAUUUUUGGAAUUCUACUACUUCAAGUGUUUGAAUGCCAGACCUGGUUUACCAAUCAAACCACAAUCAGGUAAUUUUACUUCAGCUCAACCAAUUCCUGAGAUAUCUGCUGAAUCUACGAUCAAAGCAUUGGAUGUAAAGAAAGAACAAAUCAAUAUAAUCAAAGAGAAUAAAUUGAAGAAACCAAAAGAUUUCAUAAAAUUAGAUAUUUUACCUGACCAACCUAAAAAAGAUUAUGCGUUCACCAAGAGAUUAGUUCCUGAAACUUCAAGAGAAGCAUUGAUUCUAUCAUUCAUUAACUUGAUACCUUAUUUACCAUUAUCGAUGUUUGUUAAAUGGUUAGAUAAGACGAUGUUAAUCAUUGAAGCAAGUAAUCAAAAUGAACGUUCAUAUUUGGUAGAUAUGCUUUGGAAAGUUAUUAGUGAGAAUCUUGACUUGAAUCGUUGUGAAAUGGCUUAUAGGUGGUGGUACGAAACCAAACUAGCAGUUGAAUCAUAUCAACCUUCUAAGUUAUAA